AUGGCAAAGCCUGCUGGCGCAGCGCUGCCAGCCUGGCCCCUCAGCGGUGGCAGCGCCGCUGAUGGCGGCAGCCUGUUCAGCCCAGACCUGCGCUGCAUGCUGGCCAGCCCGGCAGGCGCUGCGCGCGGGGCCCCGGGCAGCGGCAGCGCCGCCGCCGCAGGCGCCGCCUUGCUGGAAGGCUUCCCCACGACUGCCGGCAGCCCCCGGAAGGGUCCGGUGCCUGACAGUGGGCGCCUGGUGCUGUCCUCCCCAGCACCCACCGCCAUCGGCAGCCUGCUGGCCUCCCCAGACUUCCGCUGCACCUUUGCAGCGCCCACCAGCGCCACGGCCGCCGCGGGGCUGGCAUCGGCAGCCGCGGCAGGCGCCGGCGCGGCCGCGCGCGCGCAGCCUUUCCACCUCCCCUCGGCGCCCGGCAGCGCGGCUGGCGCCUCUGGCGCCCGUCCACGCUGGCCAUCUGCGCUGAAGCAGGCGCAGCCGCUGGCGCUGCCGGCGCAGCUGCAGGCACGGUUCACCUGGGCUGCCCUGCCCCCUCCAGCAGCGGCUGGCGCUCAGAUCCUGGCCUCCGCCGCUGCCGCCGUCGCCAACAACCCGGCUGCUGCUGCCGCUGUGGCCCUCAUCGCGCCCGCACCCCUGAAAGGCUUUGUGCCUGUGAAGGCGCCUGUACCCAGCGGCAUAAACGACCACAGCGGCAGCGGCACGCGCGGCGCGCGCCGGCAGCCCAGCCGCCCCCGAGGCCGCAAGGCCGCCGCGCCUGGCGACGCCGCUCCUGCCGAGCAGGCUGGGGCCGAGGGGGCAGAGGGCCGGGAGGACGAUCCCGGCUCGCACCCGCCGCAGCUUGCGGCGGCCGGCAGCGGCGGGGCCAGCUGCUCACUCCUGGACGGCAUGGCUCACGCACCCUGGGCCUCCCCUCCAGGGCUGGGACAGAGCUUGUCACUGGGCCCCUCCUUUGGCCUACCGCCAGACCAAGCCAGGAUGCUGGCGCCGCUGCUGGCGCUGAGCCCCGGCAUGCCGUCCUCGCUGCCGUCAGGCCCUGAGCCGCAGAAGGAGCAGGAGCAGGAGGGGCAGGAGCGUGGCACAGCUUCCCUGUCGCUAAGGCCCAGGCGCCGCCGCUCCGAGUCUGCCGCACCGACCCCGGCCGCGCCGACCUCUGUCAUCCAGCCUGCCACCGCCUCUGCUUUCCAGGCCGUCCAGCCGCAGUCGAUGCAGGUGCAGCAGCCGGCGCAGGCAGCUGCUGCCGCUCCCAAGGUCAGGAGGGGCAAGCAGCGUGCAAUGCAGGGCCCCCAGGCCGCGGCAGCAGCGGCGGCGGGCCGGGGCGCCAAGCGGGCUGCCGCGGAGCCUCCCGCCGCUGCCGCUGCUGCCAGGGGCAAGCGAGCCAGGGCGGCGGCGGCGCCGGUGGCGGCGCCGGCACCUCCACCCGCCACUUCCGAUGAUGGCGGGGGGCAGGCCCGCCGCAGGCACACCCGCAAGUCUGCUGCUCCCCGCAAGUCUGAGGUGGAAGGGCACACUGUGGCCACAAGCAGCGAGUCAACCGAUGCCGCAGCGGCUCCCGCCGCCGGCACCAGGGCCAGGGCGGCAGCAGCAGCCAGCAUGCCGCCAGCUGCGGGCGCCGCCACUGGGCUGGCCGCCAGCAGGGCCGCCGCUCGACAGAAGCUGGCAGCCUGCAAGGCGCCUGCUGCUGCUGAGAGGAAGGGCGUGGGUGCAGCCACUGCGGAGCCGCAGCCGCCGCCGCUGCCGCCUGCCCCAGCAAAGCAGCGCAGGCCUGCAGGCCGCCAGGCCCCGGCCCCAGCGCCGCCUGCUGCUGCCGCAGCACCUGCUGCAGCUGCGUCCCGCCAGAAGGCGGCGGAGGCCCCAGCAGCCAGCAAGCAGGCAGCACCUACCAAGAAGCGGGCCGCCCUGCCGGCCAUGCAGCCGGCGGCAGCGGAGGAGCCGCCUGCCAAGAAACGGCGGGUGGGCGCCGCUGGGAGCAGGGCAGCCCGCCCGCAGCUGCAGGGCAAGGAAGAGAAGCAGCAGGAGCAGCAGGAGAAGGGUGGCCAGGCUGGCGCCGCCAUCAAAGCAGCAGCGCCGCCUGCCCCUGCCGCUGCUGCCGCGGCUGCUGCUGCCGCUGCCGCUCCUGCGCCGCCGGCGGCGGCUGCGGCAGGUGCCGGCAUGGGGCGCCAGCGCGCGGCAGCUGUUGCAGCGGCAGCCGGCAUCAAGGCGUGCGCGGCUGCUGAGGGGUCGCCCGCCCCGCGCGCCACGCAGCCCGCGGCGACAACCGAGGGCCAGCGGCGCGGCAGGGCGGCAGCGCCCGCUGAGUCAGAGGAUGAGUCGGCGGAGGAGGCGGCGGCGGGGGGCAGCAGGGGCCGCAGCCGGGGCGAGAAGCAGCCCCCAGGCCAGAAACAGCGCGGGAGGGGGCGCUCUGCGGGGUACCGCAAGGACCCUGCCAAGGUGGCAGCCGCGAUCCUCAGCAGGCAGCGGGUGCCGGGCCAGCUGACCCGCGUGCAGCGCUUUGCCCUCCAGAUCCAGGCGCACAUCGGCAGCCGCAGCGAUGUGCGGGAGGGCGAGGUGCGACGCACGUUUGGCAACAACCCAGAUGUGUCCAAGGCGCUGCGCGUGCUGGCGGAGCAGGGCAUGCUGGUGCGCAGCGGCGAGGGCGGGCGCGGCACCCCCUUCUCCUACACAUCCACCGCCAAGGGGCGCGGCGGCGUGGCAGAUGCACUCCGCAAGCUGGCAGAAGAUGCGGAGCUGAUUCGGCGGGGCAAGUCGGCCGCCGAGGCCGUGCAGGCUGGCGGCGGCGGGGGGGGCGCGGCACAGGCGGCGCCAGCCGGUGGCGGCGGCGAGGGCCCCGGCGAGCAGCGGGAGCAGGCGGCGGCUGCCGGCGCCGAAGGGGCGAGCGCCUAG